GGUUGAUUUUGCUCAAUGCAAGCAAAGGAAAAAGAUUGGGUCCACCAGAAUGCAAUUUACGUGGAGAUGAUCCAGAAAGAACAAAGACACCAAAGACUCCACACUGAGUUUAGCAUCAACCCAUACAGAAAGUUGCACGUUCUACCAGACAAACCUAUGUGCAGGAAAGCACAAGAAGUGAUUCCAGAAAACUCGGACUUCAUCGAAGCAUUCCACAAAGCUCGCCAGGAACCCACAAAGAAAUAUCCAAUGCCAUUGACUGAGAGUCAGGAGAUUGGAUGGGUGUCCACGGCCCUGAUCCCAGCAAAUCGCACAGACAACAGAUUUAAUUUCUUCCGACACAGCUCAGACAUCACCAAGCACCAAGAGUCUGUCCUGCGCUUUUCAAAAUGAAACUACCAAACCGGUAGAUGUGAUAAGACCGAUAGAAAUCAUUUCAAAAUCUUGUCCGCCAUUCUAACCUAUACAACU